AUGCGGAUCACCGAAAUUGUGAUAGACGGGUUUAAAUCGUACGCCGUGCGAACGGUGAUCUCGGGAUGGGACGAAGCGUUCAACUCGAUCACCGGCCUCAACGGUUCCGGUAAAUCCAACAUUCUCGAUGCCAUUUGCUUUGUUCUCGGUAUCACGAACAUGAGCACCGUCCGCGCGCAGAACCUCCAGGACCUCAUCUAUAAGCGCGGUCAAGCUGGUGUCACCAAGGCCAGCGUGACCAUUGUAUUCGACAACCGCGAUACGGCGAAGUCGCCCAUCGGAUUCGAAGAGUAUGCCAACAUCUCCGUUACGCGUCAGAUCGUGCUGGGCGGUACCAGCAAGUACCUGAUCAAUGGCCACCGCGCACAGCAGCAGACGGUGCAGAACCUCUUCCAGAGUGUCCAGCUCAAUAUCAACAACCCCAACUUCCUCAUUAUGCAGGGUCGCAUCACCAAGGUUCUGAACAUGAAGGCUGUCGAGAUUCUGUCGAUGAUCGAGGAAGCUGCAGGAACACGAAUGUUCGAGGAUCGGAGGGAGAAGGCGAUCAAGACAAUGGGAAAGAAGGAAUUGAAGCUCCGCGAGAUUGAGGAGCUUCUAAAGGAAGAGAUUGAGCCCAAGCUCGAGAAGCUCCGAUCUGAGAAGCGUGCUUUCCUGGACUUCCAGCAGACGCAGAACGAUCUGGAGCGCUUGACUCGUCUUGUGGUGGCUCACGACUAUGUACGGGGCGGAGAGCGCUUGCGGGUGGCGGGCGAGGAGUGCGAUAAGAAGAGGAGCAAGGUUCAGGCAUUGGAAGAGAAUGCCGACCGACUGAAGAGCGAAAUUGCGCACUUGGAAGAGGAUGUCAAGCGAGUCCGAGCAGCGCGCGACAAGGAGCUCCGAAAGGGCGGCAAGUUCCAAGCGCUCGAGGAUGAAGUUAAGAACCAUUCUCACGAGUUGGUUCGCUUGACAACUGUCUUUGAUUUGAAGAAUGCUAGCAUGGCAGAGGAGAAGGAGAAGAAGAAGACCGUGCAGAAGUCGGUUAGCGAUCUCGAGAAGGCCUUGAAAGAGAAGAAGAAGGUCUACGAUAAGCUACAGGCCCAGUACGAUGCAGCCAAAGCAGAGCUUGAUGCGCAAAAUUUGGAGGUGGAGCAGAAGGAAGAACUGCUCCAGACACUACAGACCGGUGUUGCGUCAAAGGAAGGUCAAGAGAGCGGCUACCAAGGCCAAUUACAAGACGCCCGGAACCGAGCCAGCAACGCCGCCACGGUACAAGAACAAGCGAAACUCAAGAUUAGCAACUUCGAGAAGCGGAUCAAGGAGGAGGAACCACGUGCGAAGAAAGCAAAGGAGCAGAACCACGGCCUUCUCAAGGAUCUGGAGGGGUUGAAAUCACAAGCCAAGAAGCUAGAGUCUGAACUCACUCGGCUCGGCUUUGAGCCCGGCAAGGAGGAGCAGAUCUACCAGGAGCAGUCCGGCCUCCAGAGAGACAUUCGCGAGCUCCGCCAGCGAGCGGAUGGAUUGAGGAGGAAGGUCGCAAACAUUGAUUUCAACUAUCAGGACCCCCAUCCUAGGUUUGAUCGGUCCAAGGUCAAGGGUUUGGUCGCGCAGUUGUUUACUUUGAACAAGGAUCAAGUCGCGGCUGCUACUGCUCUCGAAAUCUGCGCUGGUGGUCGCCUCUAUAACGUGGUUGUUGACACCGCCGAAACCGGUACUCAGCUGCUCCAGAACGGCAAACUGCGCAAGCGCGUUACCAUCAUUCCUCUGAACAAGAUCUCAGCCUUCAAGGCGUCCGCAGAGAAAAUUGGAGCUGCCCAGAAUCUUGCACCUGGGAAGGUGGACCUCGCUUUGUCUCUGAUCGGAUACGACGAGGAAGUGAUCUCCGCUAUGAACUAUGUCUUUGGCAAUACACUGAUCUGCCACGAUGCCGACACUGCCAAGAAGGUGACUUUUGAUCCUUCAGUUCGGAUGAAGAGCGUCACCCUGGAUGGUGAUGUCUACGAUCCCUCGGGAACUCUCUCCGGUGGUAGCUCUCCCAACUCCAGCGGAGUACUGGUCACCCUGCAGAAGCUUAAUGAGAUCACUAAGGAGAUGCGGAGCAAGGAGCGCCAGCUAGCCGCCCUUGAGGAUAAUAUGAACAAGGAAAAGAAGAAGCUGGAUGCUGUUCGGUCCAUCAAGCAGGAGCUGGAUCUCAAGACCCAUGAGAUCAAGCUCACCGAGGAGCAAAUUAACAGCAACUCCUCUUCAUCGAUCAUCCAAGCCGUGGAGGAGAUGAAGGCGAACAUUGAGCAGCUGAAGAAAGAUAUUACCGAUGCCAAGGCUCGCCAUGCCGAAGCAAACAAGGAUAUCAAGCGGAUUGAGAAGGAUAUGAGCGAAUUCAACAACAAUAAGGAUAACAAGUUGGCUGAGCUUCAAGAUUCUCUGAAUUCCCUCAAGAAGAGUCUCACGAAGAACUCUGCAUCUGUCAAGGAGCUUCAGAAGGAACUGCAAUCAUCACGUCUCGACUCUGAGCAGGUUGGCAGUGACCUCUCUGCAGCUGAGGAGCAGCUUGCCGAGUCGGAAAACACCCUUCAAGCUCAAGUGGAGGAAAUUGAGUCCCUGAAGCGUGAGCAAGCACGACUCAAGGAUGCCCACGACAUCGCGCAAGCCCAGCUUGAAGACGAGCGAGCGAAGCUGACUGGUUUCGACGAGGAAUUGCGAGAGCUGGACGAGGCAAUUCAAUCCAAGUCAUCGCAGAUCACCGAAGAGGGCUUGGAGAUGCAGAAGCUCGGUCAUCAGCUCGAGAAACUUCAGAAGGACCAGCACACGGCUUCCCAGGCCGUAUCUCAUAUGGAGCAGGAGCACGAGUGGAUUGCAGACGAGAAAGAGCAAUUCGGUCGCCCGAACACGCCAUACCACUUCCAGAACCAGAACAUCGCCGAGUGCAAGUCGACUCUGCGCAACUUGACCGAACGGUCCCAAGGCAUGAAGAAGAAGAUCAACCCGAAGGUUAUGAACAUGAUCGAUAGUGUCGAGAAGAAAGAAGCCGCCCUUAAGAACAUGAUGAGAACGGUCAUCCGCGAUAAGAGCAAGAUCGAGGAGACCAUCCUCAACCUCAAUGAGUACAAGAAGGAGGCUCUCCAUAAGACCUGGGUGAAGGUCAAUGGAGACUUUGGUCAGAUCUUCAAUGAGCUUCUGCCCGGCAGUUUCGCCAAGCUCGAUCCCCCGGAAGGCAAGGAUAUCACAGAUGGUCUGGAGGUGAAGGUGUCUCUGGGCAAGGUUUGGAAGCAGAGUUUGACAGAGCUGAGUGGUGGACAACGGUCUCUUAUCGCUUUGUCCCUUAUCAUGGCCCUUCUGCAGUUCAAGCCCGCUCCGAUGUACAUUCUGGACGAGGUCGAUGCGGCUCUGGAUUUGUCCCACACCCAGAAUAUUGGACGACUGAUCAAGACCCGGUUCAAGGGAUCCCAGUUCAUCGUCGUCUCGCUCAAGGAUGGCAUGUUCCAAAAUGCCAACCGGAUUUUCCGUACUCGGUUCAGCGAGGGUACCAGUAUCGUCCAGGCUCUGACACCCGCCGACAUGAAAUGA